AUGUCGGCGGAACCCCCGCCGCCGGCGGGUGGAGGAUCGGGGACGUCGCACCAAACCGAUACCAGUGCGGGCCAAAGACGCCCUCCCACAGAGUCGUCAUCCCCGAACCCUAAAGGUGACCGGGAGGCGCAGCAUGCUAAGAAGAAAGCGAAACAAACUUACUCGUCGCCUAUUGUUGAAGAGAUCAGGGACGAAGUGCUCUCUGACGCGGAGGCUGAACUCAGCCCUACCCCCCCCCCCCCCCAGCUCGACCAGCAGCAUGGACUCAGUCCAUGGGAGCGGCUAGGAAGCUGUUCGGCGAGACAAAACGCCUGGACGAAUGGUACAUAG